AUGGAUCCUCGGGGGCAAACUCAUCAGCCUUUUCAGCGACCAGAGAAAGCUGGGCGUGUUCGACGGCGCAAGACCAGGCGUGAACGGAAUGAAGCCCUAGUGGGCAGCCGCCGGCCACUGGCCCGUCAGGAAGCUUCAACAGCCAGUCAGAAUCCACCAGUGUUUCUGCGGGAUCCUGUGGCUCCCUCUGCCCCCAAGCUCGUAGUCAUAACUCAGGGCCGACUCAGCCGGGAGCAUAGGGGUCUCUUCAACAAUGAAGUGAAAUCCCUAGAUGUGGCUCGGCUGCUUAAAAGUGGAUCCCAAGAACCAGGCACUCCAACGCUGCCCUUCGUACCCUCCUCCCCAAGUCCAGGCAGGGCUCCAGGAUCAGCACCAGAGUUGAGGGGCAAAGAGAACCAGGUGCCUGGAGGCUCCGGCCCAGGCCCACCCAGUUCCCCAGAGCUCCCUGGCCUGGGGCAACUUCUGGGGGAGCUACAAUGCCAACUGAUUCUGCCACAUGCUUUCCCCAGGAGGAACCUGGUGCAAGAAGCCAGGGACGCCAUUGUGGGCACCCUGCAGGCCUGCCACGGCUGUGUGCCUGACCUUGCUCUGGUGCUCCGGGGCUGCCAGCCACCCUUGCCAGGAACCAAGUCCAUGGGCGCUGAAAAACAAAGGAUGACACCUUCCUGGAUCAACGAGCUUGAGCACACUCCAGGAGAGGGGAGACAGAGAAGGCAACAGGAAACCAAGGAGCUGACUUUCACCAUGCCUCGCGCCUCCAGUGCUCCUGCUGUACCCAGGGGGAACCAGGCACCAUCGAGGGGUCCCUGGCCACCCCCUUUGCCCUCAGUCCCUUCACCAUCCCGGUUGGCCUGUGGUCCCCCAACAGCCUUUGAUUUGCUAAAAAGCAUCUGGCUCGUAGGCACACCACCCCCUCCCCAGCCCUGGGGGGUUGGCCCACCACAGCCCCAGCCUCAGCUGCCAUCACCCUUGUUGCCUCGAACCUUUGCCCUGGACUGGAGCCCCAGCCCCCCUGCCCCGCUGCCUAGCCUCUCAUGGGUGGUAGCCCAGAGCAGUCCAGAAGCUUGGUCCUUUCCCCCGAUGAGACUGUACUGA